AUGCCGCAUGAAUUGAUUCGAUGUCAAAGCUUUCGUUUUCACUUAGAGAAGUGUUUGUGGAACGGAAGUGAAAUAAAACGAAGUUUCACGAUGAUUUGCAAAAUUGAUAUCGUACAACAAAGACGUUUUGAUUAUAACAUUAAAACAUUUUAUGUUGAUAGAAAAUUCGCAUUAACAUUAUAA